AUGCGCGUUUUAGAUAUUGCAUACAUAGGGCUAGCUGUCCUCCAGCUCGCGCGCGCCUGUGCGACAGACGAAGACUGCAGCCUCAAUGGUGUCUGUAUUAGGAGCAGCGAUGGUCCCAAGAACAAUAAUGGACGAGGUAUCCUAAGUAAAACAUGCAAAUGUGACCCCGGCUGGUUCGGCGAAGAUUGCGGUAGGCUGGAUCUUGCUCCGGCUACCAGGUAUACAGGUUACAACUACACGAAUGUUACCGACCCGAGCUACUACGGCAAGUACGGCAACUCCUCCUGGGGAGGGCAGAUUUUGCAGGACCCAGUCGACCCUACCCUGUUCCAUCUAUUUGCUUCUCAAUUCAGCUACGGCUGUGGCCUCAGUGGUUGGAGACCACACUCUUUUAUAAUGAGGGCGGAGUCACGCAAUGGACCGCAGGGCCCCUACCAUUUCGCCGACACGGUGGCUCCAGCCUUUCGCCAUAACCCUUAUGUUUUCUUCAGUCCAGCGGACAAUAAGUAUCUCAUGUAUACCAUCGGCGUGGAUGCCCCGAAGCCGGAGAAAUGCCAAAGCAUCUCGUACACAAAGUGGCCGAACAACAUCUCCGUCUCCAGUUCUGAUAGCAUUCGAGGGCCUUGGACGCCGUUUGAAAUGAUUCUUAACUCUGAAGAGCCACAAUCGACCAACCCUGCUCCGUGGCCACUUUGGUCAUCGGAGGACCCAACCAGCCAGGUUAUGAUGGGAGUGGAAGGAAAUGCCAUUUUCGUCGCCGACAGAUGGGACGGCGAAUACAAGUUGUUGUACACACAGAAAUGGAACACGACCAGAUAUAGCCCCACGUGGACCGAAGACCCGUUCUUCUGGCGCGACAAGCGGGGGAACUGGCAUACCCUGACGCACUGGAUGAUCGAUAUUGUUGAACACGAUGGGCAGAAAUGGCCUCGAGUCGGUGCUCAUAUGUACGCCCGCAAUCUGAUUGGGCCCUGGUAUUUCAAGUUGCAGGAGGCUUUUAACUCUACUGCCACGUAUACUGAUGGGUCGGUUGAGACCCUGAAGCGCCGUGAGAGACCAAAGAUCUUCUUCAGCGACGAUGGCGAGUUGACUCCGCUUUAUUUGAUCAACGGGGUCCAAAGUAUGAAUGAGACCUCGCGCAGUUACACACUUAUUCAGCCCAUUGGGAUGAAGUGGAAGCAGUAUGAGAGAGACCUCGGCUUGUUAUAG